AUGAACAGGUUCAGGUACUCUUCCCACAAUCUUUACUCUUUAUUAUCACAACCCAAACCACCAGUUCAUGCUACCCCUUUGCAUCCCCAAACCCUAGUCUCACUUGAGCCCUCUUCAAUUGAUUUCUUGAACUCAAAUCAAUUUCACACAAGUUCCGCUUGUAGUUCUGGAAUUCCCUUGAUUUCCUCAACUGGGUCAUCCUCAGAUUCUGCUUCAGCAUCCCCAUUUCCUCUAAAGAUUGGAUCUUUACAUUUGUAUAGGGGUGGUUAUAUUGAUAAGGGCUUGUUGGUGAAUCUUUACUUGCUUAAACACCAAUGUUAUGGGACUUCAAGUUCUGUUAAGCAUCAUCGAACUGAUAAUGUGGGUGUUAAAGAGGUUAGGUACUUUGCGCGUCCUAGGCAAGUUCAUGACAUUAUAGGUAUGAUUAGAAGGAAGGACAACGAUGUGGAGUCAAAGUUGAGUUCAAUGAAUGUAAGUCUAGCUCUUAAGAUGUGUACUCGGAUUUUUAAGGAGUUGAAUCACCUGGAAACAGAUGCUUUGGGUGUGUGUGAUUGGAUUAGGUUUUCACACCCCAGUUGUAGGAAUGAUGUUCGUUCCAUGGUUAUUGAUAACCUUGGGAGGUUAGGGAAUUAUGAUGCCAUGUCUCGCGUUUUGAGGGAGUUUGGUGAGAGAAAGUGUUUUGUUCUCCCAUUGGCAUUUGAGUUUGUAUCCCUUUCGCCGUCAAAGGAGGCUACUGUGAGGAAAGUAGUGGAGGUGUUGAAGGCAGUUGAGGGACCGACCGGAGCCUCUGGUUUGUGCUCUUUGAUUAAGAAGUGCAGUGCCAUGGGUUCAUUUGAAAUGGCGGAGUUGGUGAUGCAGCUAUCGGAGAGGAAGGCAAGUUAUUACAGUAUAAUGAUAAAAGAAAAAUGUGGAAAUGGUGAUUUUGAUGGAGCCGUGAAGUUGCUUGAGGUAAUGAGGGAACAUGGUUUUGAUCCGGGAGCCAAAACUUAUAAUUAUGUAUUCAGUAGCUUAUGUAAGAAUGAUAAAUCUGCUGAAGCUACUGCAUUGUUUGAGGAAAUGCUGGAAAGGAAGUGUGCUCCUGAUCCUAUAACCUAUGAAAUAUUUGUUUGUUACUCAUGUAAAGUGGGGAACUUUGAUUUGGCUAGAAAGUUACUCGAUAGAAUGAAUGUGCUAGGCAUUGAACCUCGAGUAUCAAUGCAUGCUGCCAUUCUCAAGGCUUAUUUUAAUUUGAAGAGAUUUGAAGAAGCAUAUCAGUACGUCAUUGCAACUGAUAGAUACAACUGCUUUCCUGCGGUUUACAGCAUUCUAGCAAGGCUUUAUGUCAAAGCAGAUGAGGUCAUCGUUGCCUACAAUCUUCUCACCGAAAUGAUUAAUAAGGGACUUAGACCAGAUCAGUCAGUGUAUUCAUAUGUUUCCAGGCAGCUCAUCAAUACAGGAAGGAGUGUUUUGGCUGAAGAUUUGAAAAGUAGGCUCUCUCGUUUCGGAUCAAAAUCAACUAUGGGAGCUGGAUAA